AUCUCUCCUGGAUGUCUCAUAUUCCCGCAUUAAGGAGAAGCUAUACUCUCUCUCAUUUGGCAAUAGAGAGACGAGAUUGCAAGAGCUAAGAGAGAGAGAGAGAGAGAGAGAGAGAGAGUAAUUGAAUUGAAGCCAAGGAAAAGAACGAGAAAAUGGGUGCUGUAGUGAAGGAACCUCGCCUUGUGGUGAGAAAGUUCCUGGCCAGGCCCCAGCAUGAAGGCGUUGGAGCCAUUGUUAGAAGAAGUAUUGGAAGGUUUGAAUUGAAGUACUUUGAUCCCUUUCUUGCUCUCGACGAAUUCUCAAUUUCUGCUCCUGGUGGGUUUCCUGAUCAUCCACACAGAGGAUUUGAAACAGUCACCUACAUGUUGCAGGGUGCUGUAACACAUGAAGAUUUUGAGGGGCACAAAGGCACCAUAGGAGCGGGUGAUUUGCAAUGGAUGACUGCUGGAAGAGGGAUCGUCCACUCUGAAAUGCCGGCUGGCCCGGGAACCCAAAAAGGCCUGCAGCUUUGGAUCAACCUUUGCUCCAAAUACAAAAUGAUAGAGCCAAGGUAUCAAGAAAUAGCCAGCAAGGACAUUGCAGAAGCAGCGAAAGAAGGAGUCAAGGUCAGAGUAAUAGCUGGUGAAGCAUUGGGAAUCAGAUCACCAGUCCAUACCGCAACACCAACCAUGUACUUGGACUUCACCCUCAAGCCAGGGGCUCAUCUUGAGCACCCAAUACCCAUUGCAUGGAAUGCAUUUGUGUAUGUGUUGGAGGGUGAGGGCAUAUUUGGAAACUCCAAAUCCGUGGCUGUGGGGCCCCACCAUCUGGCCCUGUUGAGCAGUGGGGGGGAUGGUGUUGAAGUGUGGAACAGAGGGUUGAAGCCCCUUAGGUUUGUGCUGGUUGGGGGGCAGCCCUUGGGUGAGCCUGUGAUGCAGUAUGGCCCCUUUGUGAUGAACACUCAGGAGGAGAUUGACCAGACCAUUGAGGAUUUUGAGGGUUGCACCAAUGGGUUUGAGAAAGCUAGGCAUUGGAGGUCUGAGGCCACACUUGCUCUUGAGUAUUAGCUGCUACUAUUUUUUCUUUUUUGGCUUUUGAUUAAUUGUUUAGGUUCAACUAAAUGGGGAAUAACAGUUGUUGGUGUCUGGAUAUGUACCAUUAGUUCAGUGAAUCAUUAACGUCAUGUAGUAUAUAUAAUUUUAUGGAUUACUGUUACUAGUA